CCCUCCGCCUCUUCCCCCUCCCCGUUCCCAAGGAACUCCUCUCUCCCUAUCUCUAAUUUCCCACCACAAAAUCCAGCAAGAGCCCCGACCCGUUUCAUGGACCCGCCCAGAUUCGUGAUCGAAGCUCCCGAGGCCGCGUCCAUGGCGAAGGACGCCGGCCUCGCCCUGACGGACCUCCUCCCCACCCUCGUCGGCGAUGCCAAGUGCCUCGCCCGCACCCCCAUCUCCCGCUACCACGUCGGCGCCGUCGGCCUCGGCUCCUCCGGCCGGAUCUUCUUCGGCGUGAACCUCGAGUUCACGGGCCUUCCCCUCCACCAUUCCGUCCACGCCGAGCAGUUCCUCGCCACCAACCUCGCCCUCCACUGCGAGCCCCGCCUCCUCUCCGUCGCCGUCUCCUCCACCCCCUGCGGCCACUGCCGCCAAUUCUUCCAAGAGAUCCGCCACGCCCCCGAGAUCCAAAUCCGGGUCUUCCCCGUUAACGACCCGGACCAGGAACCAGACCCCGCGUUCGGCCCAUUGUCCCGCCUCCUCCCCCGGCGGUUCGGCCCGAGCGAUCUCCUCGGCGAGGAGGUGCCUCUUCUCCUGGAGCCCCACCACAACGGGCUGACCCUCUCGACCCGGAACCCAACCCACGAGUCCUCCUGCAACGGCUUCUGCGGCGGGCCCGAGGCCGACGAGCUCGCGGCGGCGGCGCUGGAGGCGGCGAACGAGUCGCACGCGCCGUACAGCAAGUGCCCGUCCGGGGUGGCGAUCGUGGACCGCGAGGGGAAGGUGUACAAGGGUUCGUACGCGGAGUCGGCGGCGUACAACCCGAGCCUCGGCCCCGUGCAGGCGGCGCUGGUGGCGUACGUAGCCAGAGGAGGCGGCGGGUACGAGGGGAUCGUGGGCGGCGUCCUGGUGGAGAAGGAGGGCGCGGUGGUGAGGCAGGAGCACACGGCGAGACUCCUGAUGGGGCUGGUGUCGCCCAAGUGCGAGUUCCGGGUGGUCCACUGCAGGUCGGGCUAAGCGGGGUCGGGUUCAUUCGCUUGAUGGGUGGGUGGGUGGAUUCUGAUUCUGAAUCUUGAUAUCGAUGUGCAAUUGGUGACUCUGAAUUCGAUCGACCCGUGUUCUCAACUCUGUGUCCUUUUUUCUUCUUCUUGGCUGAAUUACAAUAGUAUGCUGAUCCUAAAUCAGAUUCAUCAAAAUGAAAUUUGGAUAUGAUUGUGAGGUUACCCGAUCAGAUUAGAUUACAAUAUUUUAAUCAUAGCUGUCAGGCAU